CAGUCCGGAGCGGUAGCGCGAGCUCAGUACAACGAAGAGAAUCCAGCGAGUUCAUAUCGCGUGACUCUAGCGAAGAGAGAAAGAGAAAGAAAGAGAGAGCCUGCACCUUAAAAUCAGCCCUUAUAUCUGGAGAGGGUCGCCGCAGCCUGGAGGGGGAACGUGGGAUUUGAUCUGCACCGUUAUUUUUUUCUUUUGUGUUUUCUUUUUUUCUUUUUUGGGGGAAGGAUUGUGAUCGUUUGCGUGCCAAGAUGAUGGUCGGGGAGAUGGAGGUGAAGGAGAGACCGAGGCCGAGUCCCGACUAUCUCAUGCAGUUAUUGAACGAGAAGAAGCUCAUGACGAGUUUACCGAACCUGUGCGGCAUCUUCACACACCUGGAGAGACUCUUGGACGAAGAGAUAACCAGAGUGAGGAAGGACAUGUAUAAUGACACAGUGAAUGGUCUGGUGGACAAACACCCCCUGGAGUUACCAGAUCCACUGGGACCCAUCGUACAUCUACAGGAGAAACUCUUCGUACCGGUCAAAGAGUAUCCAGAUUAUAAUUUUGUUGGGAGAAUUCUUGGCCCUCGUGGACUCACAGCAAAGCAACUAGAGGCAGAGACUGGCUGCAAGAUCAUGGUCAGAGGGAGGAGCUCCAUGAGAGACAGAAAGAAGGAGGAGCAGAACAGAGGGAAGCCAAACUGGGAGCACCUAAAUGAAGAGCUGCACGUGCUAAUCACAGUGGAGGACACACAGACACGUGCCGAGAUCAAGAUGAGAAGAGCUGUCGAAGAGGUCAAGAAGCUACUGGUGCCUGCAGCGGAAGGCGAAGAUAAUCUAAAGAAGAUGCAGCUUAUGGAGCUAGCCAUUCUAAACGGAACAUACAGAGACACCAACAUCAAAACGCCCUCCCUUGCGUUCUCUCUUGCAGCAGCGGCAGCGGCUGCUCAAGGCCAGCGUCUGAUCGCAGCCCCUGCGGGUCAGGUCCUUCCCCCGUCUGCCCUCAGGCCCCCCACUCCGGCAGGGACCCCCCUCAUGAACAUCAUUCGGCCCACUCAAAUGGCCACUGUGCUACCCAACGGCACCCCUACCCUGGUGCCCCCAACGCCCGAUGGGGGCAUUAUCUACACCACGCCCUACGACUACCCUUAUGCCUUGGCACCCACGUCUCUGCUGGAAUACCCCAUCGAGCACGGCGGAGUCCUAGGUAAGCGGGCGUGGGGGCUUGGCACUUCACUCUUCGGUGCCCCGCAAGAGGGUUUUGCCGGGGUGUAUUACGGGGGCAUGUUGGAUGGGUCGUCACCCGGCCCAGUUCAGGACUCACUGAAAGGUGCAAUGGCAACUAAAGUGCGGAGACAUGAUUCACGGGUCCAUCCUUACCAAAGGAUAGUGACCACAGACAGAGCCGCCACCGGCAACUAACAAAUGACCUCUGAACUCUGAACUCUUCACCCAAUGAUGAGCCGCCCAAGCCUGCCUGCUGAUCAGAUUAACUGGUAAUUGCCUUUUGCUAGCCUGGUGGACGCAGAGAGAGAGGCACCUGUCCGAGCAGUGAUCCUAACAUAAACCAACAUAAAACACAACAACCCUCCAUACCAACACAUUGUGUAGCGAUAACAACGAUGAUACUCUUUAUUAUUAUUUUUUUUAUGAUUUGUUUUUUUUACUAUUAUUUCUUUCCUUUUCUUUUUAAGUCUCAAAUGACUGGGUGGAUGUUAACAGGGAUGUUGCGUUACCCAAAAAUCUGCACUGAAGUUUAAAAGCAAUAAAGAAGCAUCUUCAGCUAAUUCAGCCCUUAAAUGCAUUUAUACUCCAAUCUCUGAUUUAAAAAAAAAAAAGAAAAGAAAAAAUACGACUUGGUGACCCUAGUUUUAUUAGUCAUAACUGUAAAUGGGGCAUCCAAAUCUCUAUACGCUACUCCACCCAUUUAAACUGUCACCAUGAAUAAUCAGCAAAAGAAAAAGAAGGAAAGAAAUCUGCACUCACACCAACUUGUGUAUUUCCUGUCCUUCUCUGAUGUAAUCCUGUGUUUUUCAGUUGAUGAGUUUUACUGUGCUGACACAUUCUGGGUGUGCCUGUCCAACUGACUUAGAGCAUGGCUACAAUGACAAACUGCAAAAAGCUUGUUUUGAUUUCUUUUUUUCUGUUACUUCUCCCUGUUUUGUUUCUUGUGUUUCCAUGUAUCUUAUUAGUGUUUGGCAAUACUUGCAGGUUUAUAUGUGCUGCUUAUUGCAGUAUAUGUGCCAGCUCGGUAGGGGGCUGUAGGCAGAGUCAGGCAGGGCAAGAGUUGUUUGGGGUGAAGUGUUUUUGGAGUCUUUAAAUCUAGGAUAUUCAGGGUUGGACAGCUGGGAUAUGAACCGGAAUCAGUUUACUGAACUAUGCCAUCCCAAAAACUCUCAACCCCCUCCCCACAUACAGUGCCUGAACUUUCUAAAAAAUAUUUCUUUGAAUGAGCUGUGAGAUAAAAGACAAAAAAAAAAAAAAGUAUUAUGUGUGCGCAUUUAGCCAAAGGGUUUCCAUUUAAUGAAUUUCAUAUAUAUCUAACCGCCAAGGGUUCUGUCAUUUUAGUCUAGAGUUUGAAAAGGUUUGAUGUCAUGCCUGUAUCUGUUUGUUAUAAUAGAAUCAAAAGAUGGAUGAAAUGGUGAUGAAUUGUCUUGCAAGACGCUAAUUUCCUUGAGGAAUGAACACUAAGGAAGAUGAAUAAGGUAGACAGAACAGUGGCGGGUUUAACCUCACUUCUGAUUUAUCUAAAAAAUUUUUAUUCAACUGAGCUGAAAUUAAAUGCAAGUGUUCUUGCGAUCACGAAUUGAAAUUCGCGAGUGGGAAGCCACUGUGAGUAAUUUCGAAUAGUCUCAAAUAGCCCAUCCACAAUGUGUCAUGCACACCCCCAGCUACUGAGCCCACUUUUAUUUCUAUACACCCUCUUAAGAAAACAUAGGAUGUGAAAGCCAUGUCUGCCUGUUCGAAUUGCUUUAUACAUACAUGAUAUAUAUAAAAUGUAUACAAAUGUAGAUAUGUCAUUGCAUAUUAAAAUACAGAAAGAUCAAAAUUAGAUACUUUUACAGGGUGCUGGAGAAGAUAUAUAUAUAUUUUUGGCAAUUUUAGCUUUUUAUACUUAACUUGCAGUUACAAAACAUGAAACAUAAUACAAAAAAAAUAUAUAUAAAACCAUUAGUAGAAUAGUACAGCGAAAGGUUGUGUGACUUUGGAUACUAUUGGCCAGGAGGGAAAAGAACAGACCCAAAUAGUCCAACCUUUCGGAGGAAUUGCAUGACGUGAGAGGAGAAGAGUACAGUUAGAGAGAUAAGUGCCUUACUGACGGUCGUUUCUUUUCCGAGUGUUACAUUCUGUUCAAUAAUAUCCAGCACCAACGAGGAUAGCACAGAGUGAGGGAGGGCUUGAGAAGAAGAGUUAAACCACGAGGCUGUUGCAGUGUUGUGCCACUGAAUCUAUUCUAUGCAAAGGAAUAGCAGUCAUUUGACCAGCUAACUAUGUGCCAUGAUUCGUCUUCCCAAAAUUAAGUUGAAGUCUUGUUUGGUUGUUUUUUUUUUCCCUUUAAUUCCCAUUUGAACAAAGUGUUUAUUUCUCUUUAUUUUAUUGCAUUGUUAUUCUUCUAUUAUGAGGACAAAAUCUAUGUAUUUGGUUACUGUGAUUUGUCAAGAACAACUGCCAAUCAUUAUGUGGAAGUCUGCCAGGUGUUUUAGACGGGAGAUUUCUCCAUGAAUUGGACUGUUCCUGAAAACCUCCUCUUGUUUCAAGAUUUGCAAACUGGAAGCUUUCGGUCAUAUUUGCCAAAACUUACUUUAUUUUAUGCCAAGGAAGUGUUUUUGCUUUUUAUUUUAGAAGACCUAAGGGUGGUGGGGGGUGUUUCACAAAGGAUAUAUGUAGCUACAGUACAAUGAUCUGAAAAGAGCAAAUAAAACAUUGCAUUUACUCAAAGUAUUACUGAGCGGAAGGUCACUGGGAUAUUCAUCAGUGCCAAACCCGAACAGUCACAGAAGAGCCGCAGUAUCAAAUCACACACUCGAGAUCAGCAGUUUUCAAUCACUGAAACAACCGGAGGUGUUCGUAACAUUGAGUACGGUUACAUUCAGCUUUGUGUCCUGUAACCCUGGCAGUCUCUAAUGUAGUCUUGUUCUUCACUUGUGUUAAACAAAAAGGUCAAUGUCUUUUAUUUCUCUCUUCUCAGUGUUAAAUACAUGUUUUUCAACAUUGAAAUAAUGAAAUGCAAUAUUAGAGAGAAGCUAAGAUGACUGCAGAGAAAUGGACAGUAUUAAAGGAAUUCCCUCUGCCAUGUUACUACAGUACAUGCUGUUAAUGUUUUGGAGUUGGGUUUAGUCUUUCAGGUGUAUGGAGAAAACUCUUGUGUUCUCUUCCGCCUGCCUACUUCAUGUCUAAUAAUGUAAAUUACAGCCAUUGUUACAGGAUUCUAAUGUAUUUUUCUAACUUCAUUUUCUAUGUACAAGUUUUUUUUUUUUUUCUGAUCUCCUUUUGUGAUGAAACCCACUACACCUUGUUAUUUUUAUUUUUUUCCUCCAUGUCUUCUCUUCUCCUCUGCCCUCCCUCUCAGCCCACUCUUUACUCAAAUCUGUCUCUCAUUGGGAGCGUUGCCUUUUCCUACAGUUAUUUUAUUUUCUUGCUGAUUCUUUAGCUUGUUUAACUCAUUAGCGACUUAUUAGUUCCUCUUGUCAUAGGUAUUUUUACAUGCUUGCAUUUAGUUUUUAUGGUGUAUGCUGUUAUUUUUUUCUUAUUAACCUCCUUGGCAUUUAUUUUAAUAAACAUUCUUAGUAAGAAUUUUA